ACCUAGCUCGUAGUGAGUGCUCACCAUUUGGCAGGCAUUGUCCUGAGUUUUGCAUAGGUAUUAGCUCUUCAGAUCCCCUCAGCACCUUAGCAAAGAAUGUCUUCUUCUCACUUCACAGUUGAGUGAUUUGCCUGUGAUCACUCAGCUAAUCAGUGAUGGAACCAGAAUUUAAACCGGUUAGUCUGAUUUCUGACUUUAAAUCAGAAAAGUUAAACAAAGGAAAUCAAAAUGCAACCCACACUUAUCACUAAAACAGGUGGGGAUUGUAGAUUAAAAGCGUUAAGUAGGAUGCAAAUAGGAGGAGAUGGGAGAAGUGGGAAUGGAGAAAACGUGGCUCUAGAAGAGGGAAACCUUCGGAAGUAGCACCAAUUCAUUCCUCCAUUUAUUUGUUGCACAGAUAGGUACUGAAUGUUUCCUACCUGGUAGACACUUUCCUCCACAGUGGAGAUACUUGGUGGAAAAGGCACCUCAUUUUUCCUUGCUCUUUUGUAGCUUAUAUCCUAGUGGCAUAGAAUAAUAUUCUAGAAGUGGAGUGCUGAUCAAAGGACAGGGGUGUUUUCUAAAUUCACUUUUUAAAAUUGUGGUAAAAUGCACACAACACAAAACUGAUUGAUUUAAUCAUUCAUAAGCGACAGUUGAGUGGCAUUCAGCACGUUCAUUAAGUACAUUUAUACACUGUGCUCCCAUCACUGAGAUCCAUCUCCAGAACGGUUUUCAUCUUGCAAAACACACACUCUGUACCCUUGAAACAAUAACUCCCUGCUCCCCAUUCUUAAGAUUUAAAAUGAAAGAUACUUAAAUAGAAGUGACUUAAGAUACUUAAAUGAAAAGACAUGAUUCCAACCCCCAACGAGUGUACUGUUUGGGAGGGACACAGGAGAAACACAGUGUGAUGCACUGUGACCGGCACUGUCUCAGAUGCCCACUCAGAGCUCAGUGGGAGAAAGAAGAAGUAUCUAAAUCUGUUUUGUUGAGUCAGGGAAGCCUUUGCAGUAGAAGUGACCUUUGAACUUGGGCUGUGCAAAGGCUCUGAGAUGAGUGGAGCUCCUAGGAGAACUAAAAAUACAUCAGUAUCGAUAGAGCGUUAACACUAGAAAUUGACACAACAUUGUAAACUGACUAUACUUCAGUUUUAAAAAGUGAGGGAAAAAACAAUGAAAAAAAAAUUAAAGCAUUAACGCCGAUGAUGGUGGGUGUUAGGAAAUGAGACUGGCUAGGGAUGUGGGGGCCAAACCUAGAAAGUCCUCAAGGGUCAGGCUAAGGAGUUUAGAUCUUAUGCUGUAGUUGGUGGGAAACUGUUACAUAUUAGAUGCAACAUGUUGUUUUUCCUUGGGGGGAAAUAAGUUCUUAUAAUAGGUGGUAUAAAAUAAAAUGUAUACAAAAUGAUAAAGUCCCUGUUCUCAAAAAGCUUGAAAAUUAUUUUGGCACAGACAAGCUAAUUCUCCUACAGCGUUUGAAAAAUUUUAUAGGAGUUUGGCCAAAACAAAAUAAAAAACCAAAGCAGAAAUUGAUAGAUGCUACCAUACUCAACUGCUCAGUAACCUGCGUGCCGUUUCAGGGGUAGUUCCUUCAAGCCCCGAAUGCCUUACUGAAAAAUGCCUACUAAGCGUUGAAGUUUUUCUCCUCUGUGAACACCGUGUGUGCCAUUGGCCAGGCCGCUGUGCCGAGUGCUUUAAACACAUUAUCUCAUCACAUUCCUAUGGCAAAUUAGAAGGUCAGUUUUUCUUUUCGAUUGAAAAAAACAAAAAUUUAGGAAGAUUAAGUGACAUGGCCAAUAUCAUAGAGCUAAUGAGUAAUGAAACCAGAAAUAAUCCAGUCAGACUUCUGACUUUUACUCGAGAAGGGCAAAGUCAGACGAAGAGAAUUCAUUCCCUCUUAAUAGCUAAAAACAGAUGGGUAGGGUAGAUCGACCUCCCUGGGAGGACUUCCCUCUCCCUGGUUUGGUUUCCCACCUGGCUGUGGAUAUUGUCUAGUGGAAAUCUACCUGUGGGUUUGUCUAAUUAGACUGCAUGACAAGACUUGCCAUCACUAAUCAUCUGUUCCUGGUACCCAUCUCAGCGCCUUGCGCAUAAUAGAUGCUUAACAAAUGUAUCCUUUCUGCUCUGUCUCCUGCUGACAAUCUCCGAUUGUUGCAGUUAGGUCUGUGCAUUGGUAAUCUUUUUUUUUUUGUUUUCCCCUGGAAGAGUAGAGCUAGGGAAGAGAAAAAAAAUUCUGUCCUUUCAUAUCCAAUUGCCUUUGAGGAGCUGGGAAGAGAGCAAUUCACACCUGAUUAUCUGACGUCAGAUAAAUUAGCAGCACCUGAAUUGCUGGGCAGUCAGACGCUAGAGCUCCCUCCGGCCCGACCAGCCAGCUUUGCCUCAGCUCGGGGGCCAUGCUUCCUACCCUGCCAGGCCUGGCGCUCGGCCUCCUAUUAGCUCUGGCCUUGGGCCAGACCUUCCAGUUCCAAGAACAUGUCUUUCUCCAGUUUUUAGGCUUAGACAAGGUGCCUUCACCCAAGAAGUUCCAGCCUGUGCCUUCUAUCUUGAAGAGAAUUUUCCAGGGUCAAGAGGCAGCAGCAACCACUGGCGUCUCUCAAGACUUAUGCUCCGUGCAGGAGCUGGGUGUCCGUGGGAACGUACUCCGGCUUCUCCCAGAUCGAGGUUUCUUUCUUUACUCCAAGAGCCCUUCUCAAGCCUCCUCCUGCCUAAAGAAGCUUCUUUCCUUUAACCUGUCUGCCAUUAGUCGCGGGGAGCAGUUCACGAUGGCCCAGCUGGGCCUGGACUUGGGGCCCAACACUUACUAUAACCUGGGACCAGAACUGGAACUGGCUCUGUCCCUGGUGCAGGAGUCACACGUGUGGGGCCAGGCCACCCGCAAGACGGGUAAAGUGUUUGUACUGCAGUCGGUACCACGGCCUCAAGGGGUCCUUCACUUUAACCUGCUGGAUGUGACCAAGAGGAGUCAUCACUCUGGGAAGAACUUAGGUUUAUUCCUAGAGAUACUGGUCAAAGGAGAGAGAGCCUCUGGGGAGGAUUUUCAGCUUGAGGACACCUGCGCCGGACUGAGACGUUCUCUUCACGCUUCCCUGCUGGUGGUGACCCUCCACCCGGAGCAGUGCCGCCCUUCUUCCCGCACCAGGAGGGCGGCCAUCCCUGCCUCUCGGGCUUCCUGCAAGAGCCUCUGCCAUCGGCACCAGCUCUUCAUCAACUUCCGGGACCUGGGUUGGCACAAGUGGAUCAUUGCCCCCAAGGGCUUCAUGGCAAAUUACUGCCAUGGAGAUUGUCCUUUCUCGCUGACCACUGCCCUCAACAGCUCCAAUUACGCCUUCAUGCAAGCGCUGAUGCACGCGGUUGACCCGGAGGUUCCGCAGGCUGUGUGCAUUCCCACCAAGCUGUCCCCCAUUUCCAUGCUCUAUCAGGACAACGAUGACAAUGUCAUUCUCCGGCAUUAUGAAGACAUGGUGGUUGACGAGUGUGGGUGUGGGUAGUCUGUCAGAAACAGAACAGGAGGCAUGUUCUCCGGUAAAUGCUAGAAUAAAACGAUAUGUCUGGUUUAUGAGCUAUUGGAUCUGAAUUGUCAGUGUAUUUAUGUUCAAUCUGUCUUUCUGGAAAAUCCAUCAUGAUUAAUGAU